CAGACAUCCAGCAAACAAAUUACUCCUCUGGUUCACUCCUCCUGAACUGAACUUCCUCUUUACAACAAAAUGAUGCUCAAGUCUGUCACAGAAAGCUUUGCCACAACUAUCCAUGGCUUGAAAGCGGGACACCUGACAGAUCGCAUUAUUCAGAGGAGCAAGAGGAUGAUUCUAGACACUCUGGGUGCUGGGUUCCUGGGAACCAGUACGGAAGUGUUUCACAAAGCCAGCCAAUAUAGCAAGAUCUACAGUUCCAACAUAACCAGCACUGUUUGGGGUCGGCCAGACAUCAGGCUUCCACCUACAUAUGCUGCUUUUGUGAACGGUGUGGCUGUAAGGAGAUUCACUCCAUGGAUUUUGAUGACACAUGGCACCCUGCCACCCACCCUUCUGGGGCUGUCCUUCCUGUCCUCACAGCUUUAGCAGAAGCCCUGCCAAGGAGUCCAAAGUUUUCUGGCCUUGACCUGCUGCUGGCUUUCAAUGUUGGUAUUGAAGUGCAAGGCUGAUUACUGCAUUUUGCCAAGGAGGCCAAUGACAUACCAAAGAGAUUCCAUCCCCCUUCCGUGGUAGGAACAUUGGGUAGUGCUGCUGCUGCAUCCAAGUUUUUAGGACUUAGCUCGACAAAGUGCCAAGAAGCCCUGGCCAUUGCUGUUUCCCAUGCUGGGGCACCCAUGGCCAAUGCUGCCACUCAGACCAAGCCCCUCCACAUUGGCAAUGCUGCCAAGCAUGGGAUAGAAGCUGCAUUUCUGGCAAUACUAGGUCUCCAAGGAAACAAGCAGGUCUUGGACUUGGAGGCAGGAUUUGGGGCCUUUUAUGCCAACUAUUCCCCAAAAGUUCUUCCAAAUCUAGAUUCCUACAGUUGGCUGCUGGACCAGCAGGAUGUGGCCUUUAAGCAUUUUCCCGCACAUUUAUCUACCCACUGGGUGGCAGACGCAGCUGCAUCUGUGAGAAAGAACCUUGUAGCAGAGACAGACCUGCUUCCAAUUGACUACAUUAAGAGAAUUGUGCUCAGGAUACCAAAUGUCCAGUAUGUAAACAGGCCCUUUCCAGACUCAGAGCAUGAAGCCCGUCAUUCAUUCCAGUAUGUGGCCUGUGCCAUGCUGCUUGAUGGUGGCAUCACUGUCGCCUCAUUCCAUGAAUGCCAGAUCAACAGACCACAGGUGAGAGAGCUGCUCAGUAAGGUGGAGCUGGAGUACCCUCCGGACAACUUGCCAAGCUUCAACACAUUGUACUGUGAAAUAAGUGUCACCCUCAAGGAUGGAGCCACCUUCACACAUCGCUCUGAUACCUUCUAUGGGCACUGGAGAAAACCAGUGAGCCAGGAGGACCUAGAGGAAAAGUUCAGAGCCAAUGCCUCCAAGAUGCUGUCCUGUGACAUGGUGGAAAGCCUCAUAAAGACAGUUGAAAAUCUAGAAGACCUAGAAGACUGUUCUGUGUUAACUGCACUUCUCAAAGGACCCUCUCCACCAGAGGUGGCUUCAAACUCUUCAGCAUAUAAUAAUUCUAUCACAAAUCUCUCCUGAGGCUUACCAACAUCUAAAUGACUUUGCAUUUGGGGAGAUUCAAUGAUUUGGUUUAUAAAGCAAGGGUCUGCUGCUUGGUUUGCCCAGGAAAAAUGAACCAAGAUGGAGAGAGUCCAGAAACAGAACUAUAUAUAUCUGGAAGGAGAUUUCUCCUGUAAAUUUUGCAGGACGGUUCCAAUUACUUAAAUCAAGAGAAACACACACACACACAAAUGAGUUUAUAAGCAUUCACGAGGGUGAAAUUCAACUCACCUGUGAUUUACUUAUAAAAUUAACCUUUUCAUAGGAAUUAUGUGUGGACUUCAUGAGCCCCAAGGCUUUAGAAGGAUGUGAACCUGCAUGUAUAUUUUCUGACAGUGGAGAGGGCUCUGGUGCAUUGUGUCACCAACAGAUCUCCUAGACCAUGGCUUACUACCAAGCCCUCCACAGUGCAAGGGGUGCUACUGGGGAAUGGAUGGGCUUAAAUCCUGCCUCUGCCAUUUACUAGAUGUAGCCUUGAGCAUGUUACCAUUAUCCCUCUGCCUCAGUUUCCCUAUUUGUCAAGCAGAAAUAAAAAGCAGUCUGGAAAAAUCACAUUUUGGCUCUAGAACCUAUGGUCUUAAGCACUACAAUAUAUCACCUUUCAAUACAAAAAUAUUUGAAUCAGAGUUGCAAUAAAGAAUGAAAAGGAAAAAA